GCUGCUCCCCGCCCCCUUCCCCCCGGCUCGCGGGUGGACCCUUCCCCUUCCCGGCGCUGAGCCGCGGGGCCUGCCCGUAGGCCCCGGACCUGAUCCUCCUCCCUGCGGCUGCGCGCCUCCCGCCUGAUGGUGGGGGGCGAGGUAUGCGGUGGGCAGACGAUGCCCUCCCUGCCGAUCGCUGCCUGGAAGAGGGAGUGCCUGCGACAGACAGAAGAGGGCGUCCGAUCCCCAGGAUUGGAAUUACCUGUGAUGUCUCACACCAUUUUGCUGGUACAGCCUACCAAGAGGCCAGAGGGCAGGACUUAUGCUGACUAUGAGUCUGUGAAUGAGUGCAUGGAAGGUGUUUGUAAAAUGUAUGAAGAACAUCUGAAGAGGAUGAAUCCCAACAGCCCUUCCAUCACAUACGAUAUCAGCCAGUUGUUUGAUUUUAUUGACGAUCUGGCAGACCUCAGCUGUCUGGUUUACCGAGCUGAUACACAGACAUACCAGCCGUAUAACAAAGACUGGAUCAAAGAGAAGAUCUACGUGCUCCUCCGUCGGCAGGCCCAACAGGCUGGGAAGUAAUUGAGUCGGAAGCAUUGGGGCUGGGGGUGGACUUGGAACAGGUACAUACAGCGUGCUGUAGUGAACCUUUUGUAUGAUAGCGAUCCUGUUUCAACGUUGUUACACUCAAGCCAAGAUUGAAUGUCUGACAUGAACCGUGAAUGAUCUUGUCACUCUGAAGCCACCGUGGCCCUUUGCUCCUUUACUUUCAUUUUUUUACUUAAACAUUUUUAUGAUAAUACAAAUAGAAAACAUUUUUGCCAUUUAAGGUUGGUUCCGGUCCUUGAAACUGUCGAGUCUGCUUUUAAGCAGUGAGCGCACUAACCCUUUGUGGGGGUGGGGUGGGGACAAGGUUAGUCAUAUAGCCUCUGGGAAAGUCUCAGUGAAAAAUAAAGAAAUGUUCUGUAGUUGUAUUUUCUCA